ACUCUGAAGAAGAAGUAGAAGAAAAGAAAAAUAAGCCGAGGAAGAGGAGUUUGAGGCCGUUUCUAAGGUUGUUAUGGAGACUGCUGUUACCAUGGACGAGGACACUAAUGUUGGUACGGUGAGCCCAGAGGUCCAGCCUUCUCCUGACAGAGAUCCACCUAAAGCUGCAUCCGGCCCGACUCGGCGCCGGCUCAUGGGGCGGAGGGGCCAAAAGGCAAAGAGGCGGGGCCUUGCUGAGAAGAGGCGGGGCCUUGCUGAGAAGAGGCGGGGCCAGGAGAAGGAGGGCGUGACGGUGAAGAGGUCAUUGAGCGACGGGAAGCGGCGCUGGGACAAGAAGCAUUACUGCGUCUUCUGCCGCCGACCGCAGGUCAAGAUCGCUCGCCACCUUCUCAGGAAGCACACCGACCAGCAGGAAGUUCUGGCCGCCGGCGCCCUACCCACCGGGUCCAAACAGCGCCACCUGCUGCUGGAACACCUACGCUGCAGAGGCAACUACCUGCACAACAUUGAGGUGAUCCGUCAGGGACGCGGCGAGAUCGUCCCGUGGCGGCAGCCCUCAGAGAAGUUUGAUGUUGACGCCAGAAACUACCUGCCAUGUCCUCUCUGCCUUGGCUUCUUCCUCCGAGCCGACCUCUGGAGACACCAAGUGUCCUGUCGGAAAAAGCUUGCCAUUGAUCCGUCCAAACGCCCUGGCCCCUCAGUUGAGACCUCCUCUGACGAGGCAUUUCCUUCUUUAGAGUCCAUAGGUGAACUUACCUUAGAUCCAGCUGACAAAGCCCCUGCUGAGGCCUCGAAUCAGAGCUCUGAGCACGAGAAGAGUCAGAACCUGACCUCUCAGCCCAGUGUAAAUCAGAACCAGAACUCGGCACAGAACCUCCCUAAGAGGAGGACUAGAGUUCAGGCUGCAGCAUCCCGCCUGCUGCCGAUCUCUAGCAGCGCAUCGGAGGGCGUCAGUGAGAUCCUGCACCGCAUGAACCAGGACAACGUCUCUUAUGAGGUGAAGUCUGAUUGGCUGAUUUGUAAGUACGGCAACAAGCUGCUGGAGAACCAAGACGGUAACCAGCGAAGUUAUGAGUAUGUCAGCCAGAAGCUCCGGGAACUCGGUCGCCUCCUGCUGGCCGCUAAGUCUCUGGACUCUGAGGUCCAGACCCUGCAGGACCUGCUGGCGCCGGGUCAGCUCAGCCUGGCACUCUCUGCUGCCAGGAAGGCUGCAGGCUACCGGUGGAGCCGGCCCCCGCUAUCGGUGAAGACCACCCUGAAGACCGUCUGCGACAUUGCCAUUGGAGAGAGUCUUUUGGAUGGAGACUGGGAGGCUGCAGCCAGAACCACCGACUUCUACCACCUUCUGGGGAGUGAGUGGGACAACUUGGGCCUCCAGAACCCUGACCUAGAACAGACUGCAGCAGAUGGAGGAACCAAACCCAAGAAACGAUCGGGCCUGACCAGAAUCAACAAAGACCCGAGAGCCGAUGUUCUAUCCAGAUUUGGGCCCAGCCCUGAAGUUCCCCUGCUUCCUCCAGAGUCCAGACUACAAAACCCAGUCUCAGUUCCUUUCUGCCUCAGGAAGGCCCAGCGCCGGCCCUGGUCUUCUGCAGAGAAGGACGCCAUCUGGAGACAGUUAGGGGACCAUGUUCUGCUCCAGACAGUACCGGGCAAGGAGGUCUGUCAGCGCUGUUUGGAUCUGGAACCAGUUCUCAAGGGGAGACACUGGAAGGACGUUAAGAACCAGAUCCACAACCAGAUCCAGAGCCAGAAAAAACAGCAGUUUCACGCUCAGAUGAACCAGGAGGAAAAUCAACAAAUCCAAGCACAGAACCAGAACCAAAAGAAGCAGAACCCCCAGUCUGAUCAACCACAACAUAACCAGCAGAAGCAGCCACAUCAGUCCCAGGUGGAACAGAUCUGUCAGAACUCUCAGUACCAUAAAAGCCCACAAUACGAGGUCCAGAUGAACCAGGAGGCCCAAGAUAGCAUUCGGAACCAGAAAAAGAAGCUAGACCAGCAGAACCAGGUCUACCCCCCUAAGAAGCAACUUUUCCAGACUCGAUUGGACCAGCAGAACCCCUGUGAGGUCCACAAGAAACAGCUGUACCAAAUGCACCAUCAGAACCAACAGCUGGAGACCCGGGACACAUCCGUGUUGCCGGUUCCACCUUACGAUCCGGAUGGACCGCUCCGAGCUCACGGACACACUCUGUUGAACCGGGAUCCUCCGAUCGCUCCGUACCCGGUUCUGAUCCGAACUCCUGGGCCCCACAUGGAACCUCUAUUGACCAGAAGCGACUGGACCGAGGAGGCGCUGGUUCAGAACUACCAGAUAAACCGACCGAUGGGCCAGAACUUCCUGCAGCACGUCUCUGGAGGAGGAGCUCCAUCAGACCCGCACUCUGGACGGGUCCACUUCUGAUGGACUGGUUCAAAGGUGCCACAUCUGUCAGUUGUAUUUCUGUCGGAACCAAAACCAGAUCAACUGCCUUAAAUUAUUGAGAUGUGAAGUUUAUGAUUUUCUGCUAAAGUUCUGGUGUUUGUCCUGAACUGGACCAACCUGUAGCAUUGAUGGUGUUGGCUUGGUUGGUUUGUUGACUGGUUCCAGAUUAAGAUCACAUCCUAGUCAGAUGUUCUGAGUUUCUGGUACCAGAAAUGGACCUGAGCUCAGAGGAGAACUUUAAGGUCCAGAGACCCAGCAGAAACUCUUUCAGCCAGGCUCAGGAGUUUGGACCAAAGCUCCUCAGUGAACCCAUCCUGGUUUUUCAGCUGCUGGGGUCCAGAUGACCCCUCAGAUUUUCUGUAGAACCCGACCUUGUGGUUCCUUUUGAACCCUUCCUCAGGCUGAACCAUCCCUGAAAUCUGAACUUGUGGCAAAGUUCUGGUUGGUCCAAAGGUCAUCAUCAUUGAUCCAGAGCUCAAUCAUAGCAGAACCGUACUGGACAGAAGAUUUAAUCUGUUGGUUCCUCCUGGAUACGUUCCAGUUGUUUCACCCAAGUAUAUCCAGGGUUCUUCUGGGCUCCCGGUCUGGGGUGAUGGUUGGAUUCUAGAUAUGGGCCAACGGGACCCAGUGCCCCUCUAGAACUGGUCCCGGAACCUGUUAUGGUGCCAAACCUUUACCAGUUGGUCGUUUGGACCAUUUCAGUUUUUUAGAUUUAUAUUUUAUUUGAACAAUGAAAUAGAAAUGAAGGUGUUGCUGUUUUGGCUUCAGCGAUUAAAUAUUCCUGUUUUGUUUUUCUUAUUUCUGUGCAACCAUGAAAGCUGUGAUCCCACCUGACUCGGCUCAGUUCAGUUCCCUCUAUGAGGUGAUUCUGGUUUCAGUGUGAGCCAGUUACUUGGUACCAAGAGAAGUUGGUUCUGAUGCACUAUACAUCUGAAAUAAAGUUGCUCCCAAAGUCA